AUGAUAUUGGUGCCACAAAAUGAAACAGAAGAUAAGAUUUUAGAGGAGCAUAAGCAAUCAAAUUGUACGUUGCAUCUAUUAUCCUCAAUAUCAUCUACAACUCAAAAAAAAUGCAAUCUCAAGCUAUGUAAUAAUAAAUCAUCCGAAGGAGGUGUAAUGAUAUAUGUAGUUUGCGAUGGAUGUGGAGAUAUGUUUUGUUUGAAACACCGCCACCCAUCAACGCAUCAAUGUGCUUCAUUAAACAUUGCAUCAGAAAACAAAGCAAAAAGACGAGAAAUGGCUGAAGAAUUAAUUGCUAAAUAUUUCAAGAAAACUAAUAGCGACACUAAUGAUAAUACGUCAACUUCUGCUACCUCAUCAAAAUCUCAAUCUUCGCUUACUGCAAAACCUAAAAAGAAAGGAAAUAAAAUGAUCGAAGUUAUGAAAUUAAAAUCAAAAGCUCAGGGUGAUUCAUCAAUUCCUAUGGAUUCAAGAUUAUUUCUUAAUGUCGAAUUUUUAAAUAAUUCAAAUGUUGUUAAUAAACCAAUGUUCUUUAAUAAGAAUUGGACGAUCGGUAAAGUACUUGACAAAGUUGCAAUAGAAGGAAAAAUUCGGAAUGUUAAUAAUCGGAUUGCAGUCGAUGAUCCUGAUAAGUCUUGUGAAUUAUUAGAAAGCGGUGAUGCUAUUAGGUUCUGA